UGGAAUGAAGGAUAGCGCUAGGCGAGCGGGCGCCGGAUUCUGAUUGGUCGGUUCUGCACACGUGAUCUGUCCGGUUUGCAAGCUGGCGUUCUAGGCGUCGUGGAGGCAGCUUGGCGGCGGAGGGACACGGCUUCCGGCUCGGAGGGAGAGACAGGCGGAGGGACACGGCUCCCGGCUCGGAGGGAGAGACAGGCGGAGGGACCCGCCGCGGAAGGAGAGACAGGCGGAGGGACACGGCUCCCGGCUCGGAGGGAGAGACGGGUGGAGGGACACGGCUCCCGGCUCGGAGGGAGAGACAGGCAGGAGGGGUGCAUGGACUGAGGCUGCUUCCUGGGAGAGAGAGAGCUGCCCGCACCCCGGAGACUGCACACUGCCAGCAGCAUGGUUGAAUACAUUGUUGAGUACGAUUAUGAUGCUGAACACGAGGAUGAGUUAACCAUGCGAGUGGGGGACAUCAUCCGCAAUGUGAAAAAGCUGGAAGAAGAAGGUUGGCUUGAGGGCGAGAUCCAUGGGAGACGUGGAGCCUUUCCAGAUAAUUUUGUUAAGGAAAUCAAGAAGGAUGCUGAACCAAAGGAUGAACAUAUAGCUACCAAACGGGAGAAGCCAGGAAAUGUAGCCAGUCUGGUCCAGCGCAUGAGUGUUUAUGGUAUUCCAGGAAUGGGACCACCUCCUCAAGCCAAACCUCUGAAAAAAAAGUCAAAAAAGAGACAAUGUAAAGUCCUCUUUGAUUACCUACCACAAAACGAAGAUGAACUGGAGCUUAAAGCGGGAGAGAUACUGGACAUUAUCGAAGAGGUAGAAGAAGGUUGGUGGAGUGGAAGCCAUGGUGGAAAAUCUGGAUUAUUUCCAUCAAACUUUGUGAAGGAGGUAGAUACGGUCGAUGAUGGAGACAGUGUGGAACUUCCUGAAGAGCCAGUGGAACCUGUUGCUGUCAAUGCCUCUCCUGCCUCACCUGUACAACCCCCUGGGAACGGGCUGGAAGCAGCUCUUUCGCCUGUGGCACAGCCAAAGAAAAUCAUGGGCGUUGGAUUCGGAGACAUUUUUAAAGAAGGGUCAGUGAAGCUAAAGACCAGGAUACCAAAUUCAGAACCGGAGAUAAAAAAGCUUGAAAAACCAUUACCCACCACACCUUCUGGUACAAAAUUAUCUCACACUCUAAGUUCAGAGUUUUCAAGAACAGAAACAGACGGCAAGAAUAAAGCCAAAGAGACUUGCAGAGCAAUGUAUUCCUACGAGGGAGUAAAUGACGACGAACUUUCCUUUAAGGAAGGUGAUAUAAUCCAUCUAUUAAGUAAAGAUACCGGUGACCCAGGCUGGUGGAAGGGAGAGCUAAAUGGCAAAGAAGGGGUCUUUCCAGACAACUUUGCUGUUAUAAUCCUAGAGUCUGAAAGAGAAAAACCAAAGAAGCCUCCACCUCCUGUAAAAAGCCCAGCAACACCAAAGCCUGAACUUCGCAUUGGCGAGAAAAGGUUCACUCCAUCAAAACUAGAAGAGAGAGCCUCUUCUGUAGAUGAAAAGCCAUCUUUGGAUAUAAAGCCUUCCAAACCAGCUGCUCCUCAGGUACCACCCAAGAAACCCACUCUGGUUAGCAAGUCCAAUAGCUUGGUGAAGCCAGGGACCAUCCCACCCAAGCGUCCAGAGAAACCCGCCUUACCCACGCCUGUAUCCAAACCAAAUGGAGACUUGCCUCCAAGUCGGCCCAAGUCAGAACCUGAGCCAUUUAGUAAAACAAAAAUGGAUCUGGAACAUAUUCUAAGUCGACCAAAAUCUAUAGAGGCUGAGCCAUGUGCUGUUAAAAGCCCCAGGGAUAAUGAGCUAAUAAGUUUUGAUGAUCUCAUGCCUACCUCAGAGAAUUUAUCACAUCCAACAGCAAGCAGACCAAAGGUGCCUGGAAAGAGAUUGCCCGGUCGAUUCAACGGGGUUAAUUCUCAUUCUACAGACUCGACUGACAACCUAAAGGUAGCUAAGGAUGAGGAGGGUGAAAGUGCCAAAGUUAAGGCUCCUGAAGUCAAAAAGCCACCUGUCUCCACCUCCACCCCCCCUGUAUCCACUUUUACACCUCCUGUAACAACACCAACACCAUCUUUGGUCAAAUUACCCAAUUCCGCUACACCUCCUGUAACCACACCCACGCCGUCUCUGGUCAAACUACCAAAUUCCGCUACACCUCCUGUAACCACACCCACGCCGUCUCUGGUCAAAUUACCCAAUUCCGCUAUACCUCCUGUAACCACACCCACGCCGUCUCUGGUCAAAUUACCCAAUUCUGCUACACCUCCUGUAACCACACCUACGCCGUCUCUGGUCAAAUUAACCAAUCCCUCUACACCGUCUGUAACCACACCAACAUCCUCUCUGGCCAAAUUACCCAAUCCGUUGAUCCCCGUCCCCCUGAGCCCUGUCAUCUUGACCCCAGUUCCCGCAGAAUUUAAAGUGAAAAGUGAUGUGAAUGAUGGUAAGAAGAGUGAGCUGGAAGAGCUGAAGGCACAGGUCGGCGAGCUCCUUACCAUUGUGGAUGCACUUAGGAAAGAACAUAGGAAUGAGCUGGAGAAGAUAAAGAAAGACUUAGAACAUGAAAAACUGCUACGAACCAGUCUUGAGAGCGAGAUCGAGAAGUUGAAAAACGCCGUCCAUUUGACAUGAUGACGCAAGUUCCUGGAUUGGUCAGACGGUUGGCGUCUCUUACAAACCUUAAUGCUGUAUUCCCACGUUGAUGGAAGCAUGGAACAAUGCACAAUAUGGCAUUUCUCAUAAAAAAAUAAACUUUAUUUUAUAUAUAUAUAUAUUAUUUUUUUUGCCAAUACGAUAACGCGGCCUUACUUCUCACUGUGCUGGAAUUUGCAAACCUUUUCUGUGUUGGGUUUGCUUGAAAAUACUACUGAAUUUAUGUAUAAAGAGAGGGAAUUCUGUAUCAGACUUUUAUCAAGUACUUAUGUAAUUUUUAAAUAUGUUUAUGCUCUGAAAACGGUGAUAUAUCUUUACAAAUAAUCUGUAACAUAGUUUAUUCGUGGAGGGGAGGGAAAAUUAUAUAUAUAUAAAAAAAAAAAAGCCUUAGAAUAAUGGUAGUCUGCUACUUUUCCUGUUAAUGGAAAGGGAUUAUAAUGAUAUUAUGUUGUACAUUUUUAUCCCUUUAUCCUAGGAUCACACAAUGUGGUGCCUGUUUGCAGUCAGAGUAUUAAGAAAAAGAAUUGUGUAUAUUUAGAUUUAUAUCAACUUGUAAACUGUUCGUACUGUAUGUAGGAAGCAAAAAGCAAAUCGCCUAUGCACAUGCUAUAUAUACCCCCCAACCCCCCAUUAUUUUUUCUUCAUUUUAAAUAAGAGACUGUGUCUUUAAGUCACUUGCACUAGGACAAACUACAAGGGAUCUUUGUUAAAUCUAGUGUUGCUUGGGCAUUGCACUUAAACACUGCGUAAUUCUGUAGACCUCAUAAAGGUGUAUAGAAGUAUUUGCUCAGCUGAACCGGUCUAUUAUUGGCUUUUAUCGUGGGUCUAAUUAACCUGCCUUUAAAUCCGUCCUGCGUCGGAGAUACUGGCAAUCUGACCAUCUCUCUGCUGUUUGGCCCACUCUAUUUUGUUUUUUCAUAAACGGCACAAGAAUCUAACAUAAGGGACUACCUUUCCCCCCCUGAAUAAAGUAGGACACCUUAAGCUAGAAUAUGUAUGUUUUGCUACGAAAUUAGUGCAAGUUGGUGACCCUUUUGAUGAUCGCCUUUAUAUGAUGUAAUCUAUAAUGCUAUUAUUUUUUAUUUUAUUUUUAUCAGUAUCAGAACGGAUGCUCAUGACUGCUUGAAUCUAAAUUAGGAAUUUACGUUUUUCCCCGCAAGAUUACUUGGCAGAUUAAUUGCACAGAUUUUUUUUUUUUUUUUUUUACCUCUUUUAGUGACCUAUUUUGAAAAUGAAAGGAGCUUUACUGGAUAAUUUAGUUUAUUUGUGUUUUUCUUUUUUUGUUUUGUUUGUUUUUUAAUAUAAACUCAGUAGUGUACUCGGACUAAGUCUUUCAGCUGGUAACUGUGCACAUGUUAUCUUAUGGUGAAAGACAAGACAAUCGGUUUGAACUAAAAUGUAAAGAAUACCAAAAUUGAAUGGCCUUGUUUCAUGUAGCAAUAAAAUUGACUAAGUGCAAUGAGAUGAUUUAACAAAGCAAUCCUUUAUAAGCUGCUAUGGGUUAUUCCAGCCAUAAAAAGUAUCACACUAAUGUAUGUCAUGUUGUCUUUACCUAAACGAUUUAUACAGAACAUUCCAAAUCCUACUGGAUCUCCUUAAAUCAGUGCAUUCAACUUACUGUUUACAGGUGCUGUAAAAUAUUGCAUGCUUUCAGAAUGGUUAAUAAAAUGAUUGAAUUUUCA